AUGGGUAAAGACGGAUGGUCGGAAGUUUAUCGGAGGAGACAGAAGAACGUGAGAAAGCGAUGGAAUCACAACGGGGUAACCACUAUGUCCGUGUCCAAUAUACCUGAUGGAGUCAACAAGGAAUCAGUUAGUAGACUCUUUAAAAACUUUGGUGAACUGACGGAUGUUUACAUGGCGACAAAAAAAGAUGCAAAAAAGAAGAACUUUGCCUUCGUAAGAUUCAAAAAGUUCAGCAGAGAAAAGGAGAUGGAAGCAAAGAUGCAGGGAUUAAAAUGCAGGGGUUCAAUACUUACAAUCAACAUUGCAAGGUUUGAAAGGAUGGAGAUAUGUAAAAAGAAAGUGCAGGAAAAAAUUUCACCAAAUGUUGUGCAGCAACCUGUGGGACAAUCAUUCCGUGAUGGGAGAACUUUUGUUGAGGUGGCGACUGGAAGAAACCAAACUGCAUUCCCUCCCCCACCUGUUCUAGAGAAAAAACAGGUAUCCCUCGUUGAAGGUACAAUUAUAACGAAAUGGUUGCACAGCCCCCUAACCCUAGUUGGCAAGGCAAUCUGCUUGGAAAAACUAAGGAACAUCCCUCUGGAGUUUAGAAUGGGAACUGAAAGAUCGUAUGAAAUGAAAUAUCUGGGAGGCUUGAUGGUAGGUAUACGAUUCAAAUCCCCAACUGAAGUUGAUGAAUUUUUAACUAAAAAGAACUAUUGGAGUACGUGGUUCAAAUACUUCAUGGUUGGGAACAGAGUGUCAGGGUCUUUUGGAAGAAUUGCAUGGUUGAAAAUUGUUGGACUACCAUUAGAACUAUGGAGCGAAGAGAACUUUUCAAGAAUUACAAGCGAAUUCGGUGAAGUAUUAGUUCCGAUUGAGAUUCUUCCAAGUUUACAGGACAUAUCUAAGGUAAACGUAUGCGUACUAGCUGAAUGUAAAAAGCACAUAAAUGAGGAAGUUAGGGUGGAAUUCAAUAGAAACAUUUUCAAAGCCGGUGUAAUUGAAAGCGACUACAAUUGGUCCCCAUUUCCAUUCUCUCCAAGUGAACUAUUUGGCUCAGAAUCAAACCAAGAUGUUAGUGGGGAGGACGAAAACGCAUGUAAUAUGGACGAGAAUAUGUUGGAAGAGGGAGAAAUCAAAGACGAAAGUGAAGAUGACGAUGAAGGAUAUCAGAAACCAUCAUGCCGGAAAGAAAAACGGACGAUGAAGUCUCAGACGGGGAACCGACGAUCUUGGUGGUGCCAUGUGCAAGGGCUAACGAUGACGAAUCUGGGGACGUCCAACAGCCGUAUUAAGAAAAGCAACAGUCGAAUGACAAUAUGGAAGCAUUAA